GGUGCGCUACGUUUUUAACGUGACUUGCCGGACAUGUGUAUGGACGUACCGUUCUAACUAGUUGGUGACACUGCACUUAAAUCACUAAAUCCAAAACGUGUUUGUAAAUCUAUUGAGGUUCACCUGAUACUUUUGUUCUAGCUACAAACAUCUCUUUUCCUAACACGUAUCCAAGGCUACAGGUAACUUUAUUGAGGCUUGCAGUGACAGUGAAUGCUGCGUCCCUCCUUGUGUUACGUACGUUUAGUAACAACACCUAAGCGGUUCCUAAAACAUAAGCGCCCUGGAGAUAGGAUGAUGCCACCACCACACUCCAUAUCAUUAACCGUUGUUGGCAAUGGACGUGCUGGUUCCUCAAAAUCGAUGCUCAUUGACACAGGAGCAUGUCGUUAUUUGGUCAACUGUGGUGAGUCAACGCAAAGAGUCUUGGCAGAAUAUCGGUAAUGAUGCCCUUAGUUCACCUAAUCAUUAGGAUGAAAACUUCGCGCAUACAACAUGUCUUUCUUACGCGUAUGUCUUGGGAUUGCACUUCUGGAUUACUAGGUUAGUACAAAUGCUAGUUGUACAUAUUUUGAGGUGUGGCAUUGACUGCAAAGGCCGCAGGAGUUAAGAAGUUAACUAUACAUGGACCCUCAGAGCUAGAACAUCUGAUGCAAUUGACUCGUCCGUUUACUGAUUGUAAAACAACCGAUAUCGUCUUGAGUGAAAUUCAUAAGAAGUGUUACACUGAUGAUGCAUUUCGCGUACAAUCCUUCCAAAUAUUCAAGCCAACAAACGUAAAUGAAGAACCAGUCUACAAACGACGAAAAGAAAAUCUGGGUCAUGUAUCAGAAUCUAGUGUUUUUAUGUACUACUUCCAGCCAUUUCGUACACGUCGUAAGUUGAUCAUGUCAAAAUUCAAUGAAGCAUGUAUACCAGUAUCUGUUCUGAAAUCCGGGGAAAUACAAGCUGUUAUAAAUGGAGAAAAUUUAAUUUUAAGUGAUGGACGUAUAAUAUCUCCGGAUGAAGUAACUGUGCCAUCACCACCAUCAAAAAAUAUGCUUUUCAUCGACUGUCCGAAUUCUGAUUACAUUCCUGCAUUUAUAUCCAAUGAUCACUUUUUCAAUUCUAUUCAGGCCGAGGAGUCUAGUGGAAAUCUAACCUCUGGUGUAUCCCUAGUCGUUCAUUUUACACCACCAGGCAUGUUCUAUUCAAACCAGUAUCAGAAAUUUGUACAGAAGUUGGAAGAGUGUGUAUUGCGAAAAUCCGAUACAAAGGAUCCGACUACAACACUGAAACACUUGGUUCUUGAUGGCACUGGUUUUGUAACUGAUCGUGUUGGUAUGUAUUCUCAAACGUUCAUCCUGAAUCGAUUUUUCGACUCAAAGGUCUACCCACUGCUUUUCGAUAUGUCAGAUUCUGUUACUGUUUCUAAACGGAACGAAACAAUAUCAAAGAAUAUUGAUCCUUUCUCUUCCGUUGUAGUUGCUGAACCUUAUUUACAGUUUUCCUUAAGACCAUGGACAGGAUUUAACAAACCUACUUAUCCACAUUUAAAUGGUGAUGAAUUUGUGUCACAAAUUUUUGAUCCGGUUUAUAUGAGUUUACAAGAAGCAGAAGAACAAUUUGUUAAAAUGAGAGAAUCCAUUGAAUCCAACAAACCACCAGCUCAUAGAUUAGCAUCAGAGGCGUAUCCUGAAAUCACAUUUCUUGGCACUGCAUCUUCCUCUCCUAAUAAAUAUCGUAAUAUCAGUUGUAUUCUUAUGCAACUAGAUCCAGAUAACUAUAUAAUGUUGGACUGUGGAGAAGGUUCUCUAAGUCAACUAUAUGCACUACAUGGUGUCGAAAAAGGAAAUAAUAUUUUGCGCAAACUUCGAUUAAUUCUUGUUACUCAUAUGCACGCUGAUCAUCAUGGUGGUGUCUUCACAAUAGCUCUAGUUCGUUCCAAUCUACUUAAAUCAGAUGGUAUUGACCAAUCCAAUUGUUUAUUACCUGUCCUUGCUCCAUCAGGAUUCUAUCAUUGGUUAAUUAAUUUUAAUGAACUUUUCCAUUAUGACCAAAUUGUUGAUCCAUUCAUCAUACAAAUCCUUUACGAUGAACAUGAUAAGAAUUCAAAUCCUUCAUGCUCAUUAAACAUGAAACGAAAUGUAACAGAAAAUUGGUUAAAAUUAUUAGAGCAGCUUGAUAUUAAUAUUCGACCGGUCAAGGUUCCACACACACGUUCAUCAUGGGCGUUUAUUAUUGAUAAACCUUAUCCAUUCAAAAAUUUGAUAAACAGUAAGAAUAUUGCCGAAAAUUGUUCUGAAACACAACGAAAAUGGUCUAUUGUGUAUUCUGGUGAUACUCCUUCAUGUCCUGAACUUGUGAAAGCAGGAAAAAAUUGUGAUUUACUCAUACACGAAGCCACUGUAAAUGAUGAAUAUGUAGAUUUAGCACUUAAAGCAAAACACAGCACAACAAGUCAAGCUAUUCAAGUUGGACGUGAUAUGAAUGCUUCGUUCAUUCUAUUGAAUCAUUUUAGUCAACGAUAUGGACGUGUACCACCGAUAGAUGAAUUUAAGCCGAAUGUGGCCGCAACUUUUGAUUUUAUGACGGUGAAAUUUUGUGAUUUACCACGAUUACCCUACUAUAUUCCAUAUUAUCAGUAUGCAUUCGCUAAACAUUGGACUAUGGCUAGAACUAAAGCAGAUUCCUAUACAUAUCGUAAACUUCGUGAAGCUGAUGACUUGUUUGAAAGUGAAGAUGGUCAUUGUGCAAAAACCGAUGAUGAUAUUGACAAUGAUAACUGUUUAUUGAAUGAACAAAAUGUGAAAGGACAAAUUGAAAAAAAAUGAACCUAACAGAACAUUAUUUGAUUCCUUGUUGUUUCGUUGAGUUUUUUUUUCUUUUCCUUUCCCUUUCAAUCACAUCCUUGUAACAAAAUAGAUUGUUUCAGUUUUUUAUUACGUUAAAUUUGUUUUUCGUUUAUUAAGACUAAGUAUCAUAUAUUCAUCACAUUAUUACACGUAAAAUAAAGUAUUCUAAUCACUGAUACCUCUUUGAUUAUUCAAGGAAAGAUGUCGAGUCAGACUUCUUCCACACUUGAAGUUAGAAUGUGAACAUUUAAUCAAUCUCUUUAAUUCGAAUUGGUACUCAUCUUUUAGUUACUAGUCGGUAAAUUGUUGAAAAACAAUCGUAGUUACAUUCAUUUCCAG